UGGACAAACUGAAGGCUUUAUGACAGCUGCUUAUACUUUCUAACGCCUAAUAAUUCUAAUGUCUAACGCCGAACAAGUGAAGUUUUCGAACGGGGUAAUGAAUGAAGUUACCAACAACGAUUCAAAGUCUGGAACUACGAAUAAUACCACAAAUAUGGCAGAUACAAAAGCAAAAACUUCCGAACCAAACCUUGACAUGCAGAUGCUUGAUGCUCGGAUUUGUAUUGCUCUAGUGCAAUUUUCUCGUAUGAGGACCAAAAAUGAAUAUCAUCAAUGGCUUUUGAGAAAUAUUGGUGUACCCCUUUCCGUCAAAACUUAUGGAAACGUAAAGAUUCUGUACCUAUCUGAUGAUAUCGAAAAGGUCUGGUCUAAAGACUAUACGAAACCGGAUGCGCAGACUCCCCGGUCGUUAUUGACUACUAAAGAAGAGUCGCCGAUGACAAGCCCAGGACAUGAUCGGUCGAGACGAUACUAUAACCCCAACCUCUAUGUGCUAUCGCCACAUACACAUAUAUUGAGCAUUGCAAGCGAAUAUCGCACCGUCUAUAUGGUAGAUAUGAGCGCUAGUCUGUCGUCAUUGGAUCCGGCCGAAGGCACGGUCCUUAUGAGUCAAGUAUUGGAGAAGCUCGAAAAUUGUUUGGAUGGAAUUUGUAGGCCAUUCUCCUAUAGAGUCGCGGAGGGCGUGAUAGUAGAGAUAAAGCCAAAAAUCAGAAUCAGCGUCAUUGCAGAGUGUUCACAGUUCGCUUCCAACAUCAACGUCAUCCCACUACUCAGUGACCAUCCAACAAUGAAAGUUUUCCUUCAAAACGUGGUUCUCACUCCGGAUAACCUACAGCAAGUCUUACAUCGCCUAAGAGCGGAUUUCCACGAUUUUCAAAAGGAAUACGUCAGUUUUCGCAAAAGUCUUUCAUGUCGCCAAGCGAAAACCGACUACGAUUUGGACAUCUCUACUGAGCAUCCAGUAGGACAAGAAAGAGUCUUGGGACACGUACAGCCAACAGAUAACCUAAUUUCUGCAAUAGAUCAACCCGUAUCAAACCAAGAGACUCCGACCACUACCACAUCAGCACAAGAUUCUUUGGAAGGAAAAGAUAUGCCACGAGACUCAUACUAUGGGAAGCAUGGGCGAAACAAGAACGCAGAUCGUGACGCGGGACUUGAUGCCCGUCGCCAUUCUAAUAAGUCUCCUAUCACUGGGCGAUCAAAGAGAGAAGUGUGGGGUCUUGGACGAACGGGAGCAAACUUGACGUACUUACUUUACGCUUGUCACCUGGCAUUGAAGCUGUUGCCGCAGGACGGACGGCCCAAUGUUGUUCUCAUCACUGAUGGUGUGAUGAAGGCUAGUUUACAAGAAGAAUCCGUAGUCAAAUUGUUUGUUGAGGACGAUAUUGCUUGUACUAUCAUCCAAGUGGGAUCCGGGCAUCGGCACGCAGUGACGGCCAACUUUGGCUUUGUUCCCGAUGACGAUAUCCUUCAAUAUGUUGCAGAAGCUACUGGUGGUCAUUACCUUCUGGCGGACAAAUGCCGACGUGUGCAAGAACCUUUGAUUAACGUUCUCUCACAAACAUCUGAUUUGGAUGAAGCUGCCACGCCAGAUCCCGUCACAUCAAACGACUCUUCUUAUUUUCCAUCAACUCAGCUUGGCGAACAACUGAAUAGUAGACUUAACGAAAUCUCGCAUCCUGUCGUGCGGUAUCUAACCGAUCAGGAGCCACGUCAUCCAAACUUUUAUCAUAACCAUUUGUUGAUUUAUGAACGCUCGUUGACAAAGAGAAAAAAAUUGGAAGCGAAGAAUAGCCACGGUAGCGGAAACAAGUCGAUAUGGCCUCAACAGGGUGCAGAAUCUCAAACAUUACAUCACGAUCAGCAUGAUCGGCAAAAGACCAUUCUGCAGAGAAACUAUCCAUGGGACCCUUUUGCAAAGCCGAUAGAGCCUGUCAACCGUCUACUCAAAUACUAUGAGUACGCCCUUCCAACAGAGUUCUCACAUGUUGUUGCUGCAAGAACUCGACAAGGUUUUAUCAUCAAUUCUAUCACCAUUUCGAAAUCUUUGAAAACGCUGAGGAAUGGACAGGAAACGAUCGAAGACCCUUUUUCGUUUUGCAAAGAGCAUAUUCAGAUAUCAAUGACCCUAGCUUGGCAACCUAAUGUUACAAUUGAGUACAGAAUACAGGCAUCGUGGUUCCCUCCCCCAACAGGAACACCGCUGCUCAGCUCCACCUUUCUUUCUGAUUCCGAAUCUCCUACGUCAGGUUCACCGUCAUCCAUACCGAUAGAUGGCAAAGCUAUGAUGCUGGCUGGUGGUAUAUUUUCAAGGGCAAAGGCACCAAGGGCAGAGAUUUUUGUUAGAACCCAUAUUGAGUAUGCACAUAUGCUCCAAAAUUGGGAUGUAUUCACCAGAAGAAUGCAAAUGCUAGGUGUCGUUACUGGAUCAGUGGCUCCUGGAGAUGCUCGCGCUGCACCUAUCUAUGAAAAAUUGGGUCGUUUGAGACAGUCAUUGGAUCAUAUUCGUGAACUAGACGAGAUACUGAGAACCAUAGUUACCUUCAAUACUAGACAACUGUCUUCUCUAACGAUGAGGCCGUAUGCUAAGAAUUCUUUCGUUGAGCCACAGACAUUGCGCCUGCAACAAUACGAAAUCUAUGUCAACAGCUUCAAGACCUUUUGGGAGUCAAUCAACAAAAACGAAUUUCGAUAUCAAAUGCGAUGCUUUUACGACCACGCUAGUGUCGACUUCUUAAUAAGCAACAUAUCGCCUUAUAUGUCACCUAGACUGACUUCAACGUAUAAUCAAGAUUAUGUUAGCAAUGUUGAAGCAGAAAUCGCUAUUGGACUGGACAAAAUUACAUCAAUGCUCAGUUCCUGGGCGACUCUUGUUGGACCUGAUGGUACAUUUGUCAAGCUGAUCCACCGUUCUAACUAUUCGCACACUCCUUUGGAAAGUCAACGCGGUGCAAGACAGACGGUAUCUACACCUCCUUUAGAGUUACCAGCAUUAUUGCAUUUAAGCUCUGCAUCAACAUCUUUUUGUGAAAUUCGACUAUGGAGGGAAAUUGGAUGCCUCGUUACUCUACAUGUAGUUUACUACAAUGUCGAUGUUAUGUCGCGCCAAGAUGUGCUACGAGAUUUGCGUACACUGAUUCAGAAAGCGAACGAAACUGAAGGACCUGGUUCAUACGCAAUAUGUAAACGACCUCUAUCAACACUCUUGAUGAGAGAUUCAGAUCAUCUCAGCGAAGCUGAUUCAUUCACCCAUAUUCCAAAGGCAUUGAUGCCUUUACAGCAAGGCAAGAAAUUCAGCGAGCAGUAUUGGUAUAUGCCAAGUGCGCUUUGGCUCAAUGGUCAAUACAUCGUUCAAAAUCACCUGAGACAUAUGACAUGGACUUGGAAUACCAACAACGAUCAUGAUGAAUAUCAUCGCAAAAAUAAGAUGAUGCCUCUUUCCGAUCUUGCUUUCCAGUUUUUGUGCCAUGCCCGAUUGAACCAAGAUUAUCAGCUUGUUUUACCAAGACAGGACAGAACCCACUUUUACAAAGAGAACAUGACGGGAUAUUCUGAUAACCAGACAUGUGCUAUUCAGUACUUCAUCUGGAAAGAUGCUAAAUCCGGUCGCAUCACAACCGAAUUAUGGAUGGAACCAGCGGAAACACCAUCGUUAGAAGACCAAUAUUCUUAUGUGAAAGAGGAUACAUUUGAAUUUGAUAAGACGUGUCUUUCUCGUCUGGUUACUUUUGAUCAGAUCCACUCUGUUGGUCGCCUCAAGGCGGUUGCUGAGAUCUCGGACGACAGUAUGGAACCAAAACUGGAUGAAGAUCCCGAAAGUCAUAUUCCGUUGCGGACCAUGUCAUUAUCCACCAUAUUUGAUUUAACAGCUGCCCUUCGCCUUGGUGCCAUAUUGAUGCCUCUUUAUGCAUGUCCUCGUUUCUUGGAAGAGAGCAAAAGCAUAUGCUCCUCGCCCGGAUCUUGGGUGAAUAGUGGAUCGAUCACGCCUGAUAAUUUGCUCUCCCCAUCAGACGAAAUGACAAACUCAAUGUUUCUAGAAGAACAAUCUGCUUCCAAGAGUAGACCCGUUUCUCGUCCUGUGAUUUCGUCAGCAACUCCAGCUUCAAGGCAGCACACUCUUACAUCAGAAAUAUCCGAUGCUGAUUUUCCCAAUUACAAAAAUGUUGCCGCGUAUAUCCAACAUCACAAAGAACAGUUUUCGAAAUUGAACGAACUGAACCAAGAUUAUAUACUUCUUCACGCAUCCGUAGAAAGCGCAAUUUCGGAAGAAAUCACAGGUGAAAUACUUCUGGGUCAACAUGAUAGCAACACAUUAUUCUGGGAGGCAGCUAUGGCAUCUAUGACAACAUCAUCAAACGAUACAUGUGUAGAGAGCUCUUUAUCUUUAGUGAAAGAUAUCAAUGAUAUGCGCUGUUUCGUCCAGACCAUCAAUCCAAGAUCUUUUAUCGCCAUUCUACUACCUAAGGUGUCGGUAAUCAUGGAUGCCUUGCUUGAAAACCAGGAGAGUCCCCGCACACCAUCUUCAGCUCGUUCUAGAGAGAACUUUGACCUUCAACUCCUCCAUGCCACUGUAGAGCAUCGAUUGAAGGCUAUGAAGGAAACAUCUUAUGUUCCUGUCCUGAUGUUUGAAUGCGUACGUCAGCGACCCCUACGACCACUCCCACAAGAAAAACAAAACCUGGGUAGAAACGUCUCAAACCAUAGUGAACUUGCGGCUUUGUUAGAUGACCCACUGGAAUUGACAAUUACCCCUGUCAAUCAACCCAAAGACGACACCAAUGGUAACUUUGACAUUGAACCGCGGGUAUACCAGGGCAAAUUUUCAACUAGUAUCGCGACAUUAUCGACGCAUUCAUUUAAGCUGCAAAGACAUAUCGAUUACAUCUAUGCCAAGUGCUUUAUGACAAGCAUUUACGCCUGUAUGUUACAAGGCAGAAUGGUGGAUGAACAAGACAUGGAAAAUAUGGUGAAAAUGCUUAGACAAGAUUAUAUCAAGGUUGAUAUUACGGAGUUUCUCAAUUCGCGAUCCCUGUUGCAUCAGCUUGGCGAGGAAUGUAACGAUGAUGUGGAAGCAGAUAUACAGCAUCGAUUUUUGUCUGUAAUGCAUUAUUACUUGGAACCUGUGCGCACUUCAAAAUCCGGCCAGUCAGACGUCUACUAUUUCAGACCUCCCAUGACAUUCAUUUCUAAGGCGGGACAUCGCCGCAAAUCAACUCUAUCGGUUUCGCAAGGUUCUAAUCUCGAUCGUCUAGCUUCCUAUGCCGAACACCCACUUUUAAUUCGACUGGAGUGUGUUUUCCACAAAAAAGCGGACGCUGAACUCCCGGAAGGCCCUGAAACACAGAUUGAGCAAGUUAUACCUGUAUCUGGUCUGCCAACGAGUUACAAAUCGCUAGGAAAAUCUGGUGAGAACUUCGAUUACGAACCUCAUGGUAUAGGCUCGGACCAUUCUCCUGUUGCAUCACGGGACGGCACCCGCGCCGAAUUGAUCCUUGUGUGUAUGACAAUACCACAAUUGCUCAUUGACGACCAUUACAACGCUGAGGCGGAUACACAUCAGACACCCUCGAAACCUAAAGAUGGUCAAGAAACUGAAUCAUCAAAAGAUGCCAUGGAAUUAUGGAAGUCAGCAAACAUAUCGGAAUACCAAAAAAAUGCUCUGAUUGAAUCGGAAGCUAGACUCUCUUGGUUUUUGAAGGAGGAGGUUAUGCAUAAUCUGCUGCUUUUACCCACUGUCACAGAAUUGACCUUGAAGUACAUCGAGGAGCAGCUGAUUAAGAAAAAUCCGUUUGUCGACUUUCCAACUUCGAUGGUGCUUCCGCUAAGUUUCGUUCGUAAUAACGAGAGGACAAUGAACGUAUUCUUGGACGAACUAGACCGAGAUGAAAGUGGCCACUAUCAUUUCGCCAGGGUUAACAACUAUUUCUACGUCAAGGGUGAACCGGAUACCAAUCUGAAAAGUCCAUCCAUAUCUUCGUUGAAUGCAUCUAUGAACGAACAACAGGACCAAGGCGUUCCUACAUUCAAUGACGAUUUUUGUCAUGGCCUAGGCAUUAGUGUACUCACAGCUGAUGAGCAUACGGAACUGGAGAAUGAUUCUCAAGCUCAUGGAAUUGAUAAUCCACACUUCUGGCUUAUACUGCUACCUCGGCAAAAUGACAUACAAAUAUACUUUUACUCAAAGCAUCAUCUCAGCCAUCGAUCAGAGAUUAUAAGAGGAGUGAAGCAACACGUUUUGGAAAUCCAGGAAAAAGUCAACCGGCUCGUCUUACUGCACGAAUUGAAUGAGACCCGAAUAUGCAGUAAAUAUCUGGAAGUCCCUGAGUACGCUGAGGACGAGAAUCUGUCUGAAGGCAAUAACAGUGAUGAGACCGAUGCUAACAAACAAGAUCAAACUCAAUCAUCGUCAGAGACGUCAGUGUCAACAACUGCAGCGGAAAACUCGUUCCAGCUAGGUCAAUUUACAUGUCCUUUGCUUUACACCAAAAAAUUUCUGCUGCAUUGGAGGAUUCCGAUCAAUGGCGCGUUCAAAAGUUUGGCGACCGAAACAUUUCGAAUGUUCGCUGUCAAGAACAAGGCACAUAUGUUUGUCAUUGAGCGCGAGAAUACUGUAGUGUACUGCAAAUUAUAUGAAGAAUCGUCAGGAAAUGUAAACCAUAUGGUUACUAAACUGAAAGACAUUCGAACACCAUCAACCAUUGCGGUAUCAUCUACGGUACCAUCUACCCCAAUAUCGGCAUCUUCAUCCGCCAUCAAAGAAACUUUUUCUUCCGGUACACCGCAGCAGAGAGGAAAAGUGCAGAGUUUGGAAGGAUCAUCUACCGAGAUAGAUUCAUCCAAUUCAAAGUACAAGGCACAGGAUAGCCGAUAUCUGAUAUUGGAUGUUUAUGGAGUUGAGCUACCUUCGUGGAUUGAACAUGAGCUGAUUGAGAUGGUGGAAAAUCGGUUAAUGUCUAACAUCACGUUGAGAGAAAUGCAACAAUUUCUUCUUAGAAACCCGACAUCCAAACUGUCGCCUGCGGAUGUGGAAUACCUGCUUCCCAGCCAGAGACCUCCAACAAAGCAAAUUCUGCGCAUACCCACUGUCGUUUCCAAUCCCAUUAGCCUCUUGGAGCUCAUCAAGCAGAGCCUUUUGGCUACAGAGUCAUUCCAUAAUAUGGCAGCCUCGGACAUUAAGGAUGCCAUUGUUUCUCAUUACCACUCAAUUCGAAAAUCUGUGGAGGAGGAUGCUUUUCUUUGUCGCAGAUCAUCCAGCAUAGCUCAACUCAAGAGCGUCGUUAAGGUUCCAAUAGCAGAAUACUCCUUCUACUACAACUGCGCAAAUCGAUCACCUACUUCUUCCACAGCUGUUGAAAUGGAAGCGGGACAAGGUUUGGCAGGAAUUUGUAUCAUGCUAAUGGAUUCCGCCUGCAAACCAGUAGCAUCCGUCCCAGUAUAUGAUGACGAUGAACUCGAUUAUACCAGUGUGAAUGAGCUAAAGCAUGUCUUGGAAGACGAAUUUAGGGAUGCGAGUGUCCGAACCGCUAACUUCCAUAUUAUGAUUGAGGUAUGGUCUUACGGUCAAUGCAGUGCAGAAGUCUUACAAAAGCAUAUUUGGCGCUGCUAUGGCCAAAGUCUUUGUCACUACAUCAUACGGGAAACUGCCGAUGCUGCUGAAAAGAUGAGAAGAUCCGAUACUCUUUCUAAACCACAGCGGCUGCACACUAUGAACUACCAUUCGCAUUUCGACAAAGUUUUUCUGGCUUUGAAGUAUGCGGCUGAUUGGGGAAGCACGAUCAUCUCACCACUCACAAAACACGUAUUCCUACAACCAUGGAGUAUCGACGACAUAUUGGCCAAAGCAUCUCAAGAAAUAGAAAUGAUCACUCAACAAUCCCCAUCAUUGUUGAUACAUCGCUCUUCAGAUGCCAGCGGUUCAACCAACCUAGAUCAUAAACUACCGUGGUCAUUGCAUAAUGUUACGCACCAUCUUCAACAAGUGGUUAGAGAAGCUGAUGAGUUUGUGAUCGUUAAUGGAUUGCUGGACAACCUUACGAACAAGAACAAUACGGAUUCUGCAGUUGAUAGGAGAGGCAGCCAUGAAAGCGAACUAUCUGCAAAGUCAACAAGUGACCCACACUCUCGACGAGGUUCUACCGAUUCCAGUAUGCUGGAUAGAUCCAUCAAGUCAGGCAAGGAUGAAGUUGCAAGAAGGCAAAUUUUAGGCAAUUCUUCUGUUUCGAAAACGGAAGAUGUAACUGACCCUGGCUAUCGCAAACGGUCGAACUCUAACGUAUCUCAAAGACAACUGCUUGAAGUUCUUCAAUCACACAAGAAGAGGUGUUCCAACAGUAUUUUCAAGCAUUGCUUUGUAUUAAUGAAAGUGGAUACCACCAAUCUCAGCAUUUAUACCUUUAACUGGCCAAGCACAGUUAGCAACCAUCUGAUCAAUACUCUGGAUAGAAUUGUCACCUUCCAGGAAUCACGGGCUCAAAUGUUAUCCAAUAUAGUUCACCAAAAGAUGGGAUUAUUUCAUCACACCAUGCCGUUCAAAAACAUACUCGAACCACUGUGCGCAACAUCAAAGCUGCCCGCGUCACAAAGUCCGAAAACUGGAGGUACUGUAACCAUGACCACUCCACCCACUGUGCACAAGCGCUUGUCAGAGAGUAAGGUCAAAGUAUCUUCUCCAAAACCCAUUGAAAAUCGAGAGAACCCGGUUACCCUCGACUCUCUUACGGAACUUGUGUUUCUUUCCGGUACCUCGUCGUCCAUCGCCGCAGCAAAGGAAUUAAACCGCGCGCAGAAAGGCCAAGAAAAAGUUCACACCGCCGCUCGUGUCUUACAACCAAACAACAUAUUGAGGGAUGUCGUUUAUGAGAAUACAGGUUCACCCACUGUAUCUAAAGUCGAUGACCCUCUCAUUCGACAUGCACAAGGAUUCCUUGAGACUUAUCUUCGGCAAUCUCGUAUUCGAACAGCGCAUGAGAAAGCUUUCAAAGUGUACUCCAAAUGGGCUAGCCGCUAUGUCGAUCUUUCUAACCACUCGUCCAUGGAAACUAUGUCUUCUUCGGAUCUAACUAUCAUCAUGGGCUCAGCUCGUCUACUUCACUUUUGCCGUACACCUCUAGUGCUUGCUUCCAUAAAUACCCCAUUAUCAACCAAAGACGAUGAUGAUGAAGCUACUAGCCCUAAAGUUAAAAAUCCAUCUUCAUGUGCUAGCAAAUGGUAUUCCAAUGUGGUCAAAACUCUUCUAAAAGAAUACGCCACGUAUCUUGAAGGAGUUGGCAUGCAUAUCAUAAGCUUCGAUACUCAAGAUGUCAAUGGUGGAACCGCCGAUCAAAAACGGGGAUCCGAUGUUAGUGCAACUGUGACUACUGAGGCAGAGAGUCCUACAGUUUAUUUACUCAAGGUGUUUGAUGGAGGCUCUGUACUAUGCCAAGUUCGAGUAUACGAAGGUUUUGUCUCGGUCACUCUCUAUACCCUUCACCGCCGCUAUGGUCGACUGAGUCUAUGGGCGUAUGCUGACGAAGGACGUGAAACCAAAAGACAACGCUUCAAGGCCUUUACCGAGGAAUGUGACAAUUUUAAAACACUCAUUCAUGUAAAUUCAUUUGUAUUCGAUUUCCAUUUGCGCUACAUGCAGCGUAUGCUUAACACGCCGGAAAACCUGUCGUCCUCCGUCAAUCUUUUGGCGGCCAUUCGCGCUUUUGAACGACUGUAUACUAAUCCAGCCAAUUAUUCUCGAAAUCGAAUCGUGAGCGGCUAUAUUCAUGUGGACAUAGAUAUUAGUGCUGAGAGGUUACUAUCAACGGCAUACCGUCAUGCCAACAAAAUUGGCUGUAAAGCCCUCCACCAUGAUAACAAUGUCGUCGCCUGCUUUGUCAACAGCAACGACCCUUCCUUUAAUGAAACUGCGGCUAGCACCACACCUUUCCAGUUUUCAUUGAUUCUCUGCUCAUUGGACAAGCAUGACGAGGAUUAUGAUAAGAAUACCCUACGACUUCGAUACUUUGUCAUCGUCACAUACGAUGACACCACUAUAUCAUCCUCUACUCGCUCCAAGCCAACACCUUUAGCAAUUCUCAAGUCCCACCCUAGCAUUGGUCAUGUUGAUCCCUUGGAUGAAUUACUGGCGCCAGAGAUUGGGUUGACACUAGGACAAGUGGUGCGCAGCGCUCAGGCCAAGAUAGAUUUUAUGAUAUCCAAGCUUCUGCUGUACUAUCGACGAGAUCUUGAUUGGAGUCACAUAUAUGAACGCGUAGACAGCCAUAGCUAUCAAGAAAUCGCUCCUCUGCUACAUCAGUUUGAUACCGUCGACCUUAUGACUGCUGAGCCUAAUUUUGCCCGUUAUUUGAAAAUGAGCCUUCCGUGGGACAAGGUGCUAGACUUGAUCUGCAAGUGCUACGGUGGCGGAGUACGAAAAAUGGAAAACAAUGGCGAGAAACACCUGUUGCUGUUCAACGCUCGCUACAUGGAUUACCUUUUGCACUUCCGGGUAGGAAAGGGCAUCAAAGUAGAAAUGGUCAGCCGAGAACCACGCAGCCAAUUGUUAGAGCCGGCGGAGAAGCAACAAAUCACCGAAAUAGGAACCUUGAUUGGCUACUUACUGUGGAGAUUGAGAUGAGGUUUUGUACAUAAAAAUAAAUGAGUUUUUUUUUUUACCCCAACGUA